AUGGACCAAAGACCUCCUCCUUAUGCACACUGGGCACCACAAAUGCCCGUGCCAUCCACGUCCACACCCCACGGGUCAUUGUAUACUCAGCCACAUCACACAAAUGGUGCUUAUAGACCAUUACUGUCAAGUAAGGCAGGAUACCAGCCAGAGCACAGGCAUACCGGCUUCGCUGGAUAUUCUUCUUUACCAAGUAUUAUGUCACCGAUGUUACCGCUGCCAUAUUCUAUGCCUGAGACGAUGUCGCCAUUUGGGAUCACAUACUCUCCCUUGCCUUACGAGCCAUACCCCUGGUUAGGAGGCGUACCAUAUGGCACCAAUAGUGAGACUCAGGACAUCUACGAGAUCCAGCAAGUACAGAGCUAGAGGCUGUCUUUGAGGGAGAGCUAGAUGCAGGCUGUGGUGGAGAGCCAGGGCCCGAAUUCGGGGGAGAGAUAAGGGCGGAUUUCGGGGGAGAGCCAGGGGCCGGAUCUGAGGGAGAGCCAGAUGCCCCAAGAGGGCAAGAUCGCGAUGUUGGGGACUGACCACGGUUGUCAGUCGCCCCCUGAUAGCCCCAGGAUAUGUCUCCUGAUGACAGCCAGCAGCCGCCCCCGGAAGUUGUUGGUGAGGCCCGUGUAGAUGACCCUGUGACCUAGUGCCUACGGUCGGACCAGAUUCGAUUGAUGGGGUAUAAUCCAAAUGGGAGCAUCUACUAUGAGGUGGUCAGGGACCAUGAGAGGAAUUGGGUGCUCCUCACGGGGAAAAAGAUUGUACUGCAGUACAAUGCCUCGACACAACUUGUUGGACGAGCCUAUAACCGAUUUAGGUGCAAUAUAGGGAAUCUUGUAAGAAGCGGGUCCUAUGUGCAUAUUCGGGACGAAUGGUUGAGGAUAGAUAAGCAGAUAAAGAGGGCUAUGUGGGAGGCCCUGAUGGAGGAGUUCUAUCUCCCGACUUUUGUAGAUCUCCAGAAGGCAAAACACGAAGUGUUCCAAGAUAUAGGACGUAAGCACCGUUCUUGGAAGUAUUCAUUUAAAGCACAGCUAGGUAUUCGAGACGGUGACACGCUAGAAACUAUACGUGCAAGAGUGACUGCUAAAGUUUUUGAGAAGUAUCUGAUGUGGUCAAAAAUUUGA